AUGAGACCUUCCAAAGAACAAGAACCAAUUGCCAUUAUUGGCACCGGGUGUCGUCUACCUGGCAAGACAACGUCGUUGGGCAGGCUAUGGGACAUGAUCAGUCAUGGAAAAAGUGGCCAUGAUAAAGUUCCACCCUCGCGAUGGGACGCUGAUACAUGGUACCAUCCUGACCCUGAUCGUAAAGGAUCUAUCAGUGUGAAGCACGGCUACUUUCUUGAUGAGGAUAUUUCUCUUUUUGACGCCCCAUUCUUCUCUAUGACAGCCAAAGAAGCUGCUGGAAUGGACCCUAUGAAAAGACUACUAUUAGAAGUCAGUUUUGAAGGGUUUGAAAAUGCUGGUAUUCCAGUGGAUACUCUCAUGAACUCCCAGACGGGUGUUUAUGUGGGAUGUAUGACCAACGACUACGAGCAGCUAUCGACCCAUGAGAUCUACGAUGUCGGAGAUGUUGCAGCUUCGGGGUUGAGCGAGGCCAUGAUCGCUAAUAGAGUCUCGUGGUUUUUUGGUCUCCGGGGACCCAGCUUGACACUUGACACAGCAUGCUCGUCCAGUCUUUAUGCCCUUCACUUGGCAUGCCAAUCCUUAAAACUUGGCGAAAUCAAUAUGGGGCUUGUUGCAGGUGUCAACCUGAUCUUGCACCCAAACUUCAUGCAUCAACUUUCUUCAAUGCACAUGCUUAGCCCCGAGGGACUUUCUCACUCUUUUGACCACAGAGCUAAUGGCUAUGGGCGUGGAGAAGGCGUCGGUUGCUUGAUUGUCAAGAGGUUAAGAGAUGCGCUGAGAGAUGGCGACACGAUUCGAGCAAUAAUUCGUGGCACAGGGGUCAACGCAGAUGGCAAGACGCCUGGAAUCACACAACCAAGCUCCGAUGCACAAGCCGAGCUUAUAAGGAGCACAUACAGUUCUGCAGGCUUGUCAUUUGCCGACACUCAAUACUUUGAGGCGCAUGGCACAGGGACUCCUCUUGGUGACCCCAUUGAGCUUUCAGCCAUAGGAGCAACCAUUGGAGCCGGGCGUACGGCUGAAUCUGGCCCGCUAUAUGUUGGCAGUAUCAAAGCAAAUGUUGGACACACCGAGGGAUGCUCAGGUCUAGCUGGUGUUCUCAAGUCAAUAUUGUGCUUGGAAAAGGGCAUACUUGUUCCUACAGCGGGUAUCGAGAAACCAAAUCCAAAGCUGAAGCUUUCUGAUUGGAAUCUUGCCCUACCUACGGAGAACAUGGCAUGGCCAACCAAGGGUCAACGUCGCAUCAGCGUCAACUCGUUCGGUUUUGGAGGCGCUAACGCCCACGUCAUCCUGGACGACGCGUACAACUACCUUCGCAGUCACAAUCUGUCGGGGAAUCACAAAACAAGCACCUAUGAAGACGAUUCUUCAGAGUCUGGCAUUAGCAUUGGAUCCGACUCCCCCAGAGAAGACGCUAGCAAAAGGCUCUUUGUUUUCAGUGCGAAGGACCAGAACGGCAUUGAAAGAUUUGUACCACUUUAUGUCGACCUCUUUUCAAACAAAGAGGCCACUUCGAGUCCCAGAUUCAUCAGCGAUAUUGCUUACACCCUCUCGGCGCGAAGAUCCCAUUUCGAGUACCGCAGUUUUGCCAUCGCCGAGUCGGUGUCGGAUCUUCAACAGCAAAUGUCAAAGGGGCUUCUGAAAUUUAAGAGAGCAGCUAAGCACGACAAUCCAAUUUUCAUCUUUACUGGCCAAGGGGCUCAAUGGCCGGCCAUGGGCAGAGAGCUUCUUAACAACAAUGUCUUCCGAGACAGCAUCCACAAGUCUCAGGCUCUUCUGGAACAUUACGGAUGCCCUUGGGAUCUAGUUGACGAGCUCUCUAAGACCUCAGACUCGAAUGUCGAUCUGCCACAGUACAGUCAGGUGCUAUGCACUGUUUUGCAGAUCGCCUUGGUUGAUUUGCUCCGGUAUUGGGGAGUUACACCAAAAGCUGUUGUCGGCCACUCGAGUGGUGAAAUUGGAGCAGCAUAUGCGGCAGGCUUGCUAUCACGCUGCAACGCCGUCAAGAUUGCCUAUCUUCGAGGUGUGUGCUCAGCUAAAGUCGCGGGGAUCGUCAGCCCACAAGUAGGUGCUAUGCUCGCAGCUGGUUUGUCCGAGAAGGACGCAGAAAUCUACCUCGCUCAGAUUCCCCAUCGAUCAGCUGUGGUUGCGUGUGUCAACAGUCCCUCCAGCGUAACGUUGUCGGGAGAUUAUUCUUCGAUUUCUAAGCUGUGCGAGCUCAUCUCAGCGGAUGGAAAGUUCACAAGAAUGCUUCGCGUCCAGACCGCAUACCAUUCUCCCCAUAUGGAGAAUGUGGCUCAGGAGUAUUUCGAUCGGAUGGGAGUAAUUAUUCCACUCUGUCAACAGGACCAAGUCGCGCCGAUGUUCUCUUCUGUUACCGGAAAACCCGUAUCAUCGGGAGAUCUGGAUGGAAACUACUGGAUGAGGAACAUGUGCGAACAAGUCCGGUUUUCUCAGGCCAUGAGUAAUCUUCUAGAGCUUGCAACGGAUGCAUCGCGAGGACGCGGUCAUGGUCGGACUGCUUGGAGCGCCUUUAUCGAAAUUGGUCCUCAUGGAGCCCUGCAAAGUCCUGUUGCGGAAAUUGUCAAAUCCAGUCAGAGCAAAGCUGCCAAGGAGGCGCCUUACCUUUCGGCCAUCACUCGCCAAAAGGACGCUGAAAUGACCACCAUGCAACUUGCCGGCCAGCUCUGGGCUUCGGGGCAUGGGGUCCAACUUUCCAAAGUCAACGGUCUUUCGUCUGAACCACCGCCAGUGGCACUCCCAGACAUUCCAUCAUAUCCUUGGAAUCACAACAAGGGGUAUUGGCACGAGUCGGCGGCCACCCGGUCAAAUAGGUUUCCGAGUAGUCCACGAACAGAUCUUUUGGGGGUUCCAGUCGACCUGCAAAACCCCAUGGAGCCCAGGUGGCGAAACUUUUUGAGAAUCUCCGAGAAUCCAUGGAUUGAAGAUCACAAGAUCACGGCAACCAUGCUGUAUCCGGCUGCGGGCAUGAUUGUGAUGGCCAUUGAGGCUGCUCGCCAACUGAUAGAUUCAAAGUACACGCCCAAGGGGAUUAUUCUGCAGAACCUCAAAUUCGAACGCGGUCUAGUAAUACCGUCAAGAGACCAAGCCGUGCAAACAGAAAUCAGCCUUCGGCCCGGCGAAACAUCGCCCGACACUUGGGAUUUCGCCGUGUACUCUACCUCCACAACAGGGUCUUGGACGAGGAACUGUCACGGAUCGCUUACUCUAGCGUACGAUGAAAAAUAUCGCAUGGAUUCCGAGAAAGAGUGGGAUAGCUUGAUCUCUACUUGGAAGGAAGUCACGACGAAAACCUCGAAGGAUAUUGAUAUUGACUCUUUAUACAACGACCUCGAAGCUGUAGGCAUUGAAUAUGGGCCAACAUUUCGAAAUGUUUUUCAAGCGGCCGCUAACCCCGGCGAGUACUGCGCCUAUGGCUCAGUCCGCAUCCCAGACACCAAAUCAUCAAUGCCUUCCAACUUUGAGUACCCUCAUCUCAUUCACCCAGCUACCAUGGACGCCAUUUUCCAUCUCCUUUUCAUCGCAUUCUCUGACGGUAAGCCGCUAAAAGAGGCGGCGGUGCCUUACACACUUGAACAAAUGUACAUCUCUACAGACUUGCCGCAGGGUGAGGGUAGUGUCUACACCGGGUUUGCCAAGCGCUUGCGCAUCAAUGGCCGCGAGACUGCUGGAGACUUGGUCGUUUCAGACGAAGCCUGGAACAGUCCUAAAUUGGUAGUUCGAAACUUCGCAUUGAGGCAAGUGACCUCCUUGCAAGACUCGCCGUCCACCAACGAGGGAACGGCAAGCAAAGUCUCCGCCAAAAUUCAGUGGAAGGAAGAUUUUGAGUUCAUCCGCGCAACUGAGACUCUACUGAGAUCGAACACAGAGCGUUGGGUUCAGGAGGCUUUCCGAGAGACGGCUAUCUUGAGCGUAUUGUUUCCGUUUUUGGAAAUAUUAUAUCACAAGCUGCGGAAUUACGAAGCUCUCAUUGUAGUCACCGAUGCAACAAAAAUCUCACAACAAAUGUUGCAAAACUUGCUGCUCCUUUUCGAAUCUACCAAGGACAGCGAAGAUAAAAGUCCCUUCCAAGUUUCACUCGUUGCGGCGACGGAAGAAGUCAGGGAAUUGACUGAGUCAUUACUAUUGAACUCUCGGCUUUCUGUGGGCAUCAAGAUGUGGCACAUACAUGACAAGAAAUUGCCAUUUUCCGGGCAGACUUUUGAUUUGGUCCUGAUUUUGGACGCCUCUGGCCACACAAUGAGAGACUUUUCAGCUCUUUCUCAUCUGUGUGAACUUACUCGCUCAAAUGGUCACUUGGGGGUACUUGGGCUGUCUCUAGUCUCUCCAGAGGAAGAGCGUAAAGUCCAAGAAGUCCUUGCAUCGUCUGGAUUGAUCACAUGGGCAAACGAGAGACAGCAGGGAACCCGAGAAACACUCCUUCUGGCUCACAAGCGAACGGCAACCGACAACUUGAAAAUGCCUGAAGACGUUUACAUCAUUCAACCAAUUCAGCCGUCUAAGCAGUCAUUGGCAUUAGUAAAGAAGCUACUUGACAACUUACGAAUGCUUGGGUGUCAGCCUCAUCUAACAACUCUGGAUGACGUCGAUCAGCUCCAAGGCGGCUAUGUCAUAUCACUACUCGAGGCUGAGUCGCCAUUUGUCUCUGGAUGGACUGAAGAAGAGUUUACUCGAUUCAAACAUCUCGUAUCCAGGGUCAAGCAUCUACUUUGGAUCACGAGAGGCGGUCUCAUGCGGAACUGGGACGGUGGCCUGCAGUUCGCACCAUCUCAAGGGCUUUUGCGCGUUAUGCGCACUGAGUAUUCGCAGAUUACACUGCCCCACCUUGAUCUGAGCAGGGAAAUUGACUUGGGGUCAGAGUCAACUGUCAAUGUGAUCAUGGACAUUUGGCUUUCUUCCACGCAGAGCGCCUCACAGUUAAUGGAGCUAGAAUACGCUGAGAUGAAUGGAACUAUCUAUGUGCCCAGGUUUGUCGAAGACAAGGGCAUCGAUACAGACCUUGCCCCCAGCGGUGAAAACCUCAAACCGAUCAAGGGAGCCUUGCGCAGGGCGGAUCCCCACGCACUGGUGCAAGACAACGGCUGCUUCGUCUGGAUUGAGAACCAUGAAGGAUGUGCACCGCUGCGCAAGCAAGAAAUCCAAGUCGAAGUGGAAUAUGCGGCCUUGAAAAUUGAUGCAGCGGAAGAUUCAGGUGGACAGCCUAAAGGCAUGAUAUCUACUUCUGCUGUUGGAGUUGUUGCAGCAACUUCACGUGAAGUCGUGAACUUUCAGGCUGGCCAGCGUGUGAUGACGUUACAGUCCGGCCCUUGCCGAACCAGAGUUCAAGUUCACGAGUCUUUUGUUCGACAGCUUCCUCAAGAACUCGGUUACCAGGAAGCAUUGUCAACAAUUCCUGCACUGGUCGCAGCCCAAUAUGCGUUGCUCGAGGUGGCAAGGGUAGAAUGCGGCCAGAUGGUUAUCAUUCAUGGAGUGGAUUCACCUAUCGGCCAGGUAGCUGUCCAACUCGCGACUCUGGUUGGCGCAGAGGUUUACGCCGUCCCCAGUGGCUCUUCAAGUAAACAGGAAAUCUGCCAGAAACUACGGCUUUGUGAGGACAGAGUCUUUGAAUACAUCUCGAGCGAUUGCCGCACAGCUAUUAUGCAGCAUACGAAUGGGCUAGGAGCGGAUGUGGUUCUUUGUUGCGGCAAAACCUCCUCCUCGGCAGCUUUUGAGUGCUUGUCAGAGUUUGGUGUCUUCGUCGAUUUUCGCGGAUAUUUCAAUCCAGGGCUCACAAGAACCGACAUCAAUCGGAACGUCACCGUCCUCAGGGCGGACCCAUCCCGAUUGUUCCAAGCCAAGCCUGCCCUGGCAAAGCGCCUAUUCCAUGAAGCAUUCGAUAUGGUUGAGAAUGGGAGAAUUAUGCCAAUUACACCAUGUGAGGUCGCCGCCGUCUCGGAACUGAGCAAUCCAAGGUCGAAAAAUAGCGCUCGUGAACUCAUUCUUCGGUUUGACUACGAUUCGAGUGUUCUGAUUCGUCCUUCUCGGCCAGCUGAACUUCAACUAGACUCAGAAGCAACGUAUGUACUCGCUGGUGGCCUUGGUGCCUUGGGAUUGCGAAUUGCGGAAAUGAUGUUCCGGCAUGGUGCCGGUCACGUCGUUUUUCUGUCUCGAUCGGGGGGCGAGAAGAAUCUGAGAGACUUGGACUCCUUUCGUGAACGUGGGCUGGAAGUGGAUGCGUUCAAGUGCGAUAUUUCAAACGCAUCACAAGUCGAGUGUGCAGUUCAAGGAUUGGUAGACCAAGGAAGAAACAUCAAAGGCGUUGUUCAAUGUGCAAUGGUGCUGGAGGAUGCUAUCUUCGAAAACAUGACUUACGAUCAAUGGCAAAAGACAACUAAGCCCAAGAUUCAGGGAACAAUGAAUCUACAUAACUUCAUGCCUACGAAUGUCGACUUUUUUAUUCUGCUUUCAUCCAUAACCUGUGUCAUUGGUAAUGCAGCGCAGUCGAACUACAGCGCCGGAAACACUUUUGAGGACGCCUUCGCACACUACCGUCAAAGUCAAGAUCUCGCAGCUACUGCAAUCGACGUUGGACUAGUCACUGACUCGGCCCACUUCACCGGAGAUUUCGACAUGGAGGCGUAUCUUCAGAUGUACGAGCAUCGAUGGGAUGGCUUACAGACAACUCAAAAAGAAUUGGACGUUGUGAUAAGGGCAGCCAUGCGAGGCCGCACCGCCGAUGGUCAACCCAUCGAACCACAAAUCGUACUUGGACUAGGCAGCUCCAUGCCAUGUGGACCUUCAGCGGUGUCCUGGACUAGAGACGGCAAAUUUAACCAUCGAGUAAAUCACGAUUCGUCUUCGGUGUCAGGCAUUACUGCGCAUCAGCCACCAGCUGCAGAGAGAAUUGCACAGGCACAGACUUUCGCUGAUGCAGUGCUCGUCUUCGAACAAGUCCUCAAGACCUACGCUGCCCAAGCGAUGGAUGUUGCGCCUGACGAUGUCGAUGCUGAGAAAUCGUUUUACGAUUUUGGAGUCGACUCGCUCAAAGCUGUCGAACUUCGCAAUCAUAUUUUCCGGGACUUGCAGAGCGACAUGUCUGUGUUUGAAUUACUGAGUCCAUCACCUUUGUCAAAACUUGCGUCAGAAAUCGCCAAGAAAAGCAAGCUUACUAGGCAUGUUGUCGACAGGGGCGGGGGUGAGGGCCAAUGA